CCAGCCGCCGAUCCUUUCCGGUUGUCAACCUUUUGACGUGUUGUCACAUUUUGCCAAGCCGUUGAGAAAAUUUCUUGAAUAAUCCAUCAAAAUGCAAUUCGGCGACCUGAAAACAGAAAAGGCCAUUCAAGAAUUGAAUAAAUACCUUCUCAACAACAGUUAUAUCAGCGGGUACACUCCAUCUCAAGCUGAUUUGACUGUAUUCGCCGAACUUGGCAAACCACCUCUACCCAAAUUCCCAAGUGUACAGAGAUGGUACCGUCAUAUUGCCUCAUUCAGUGACGGCGAGAAGAAGGCAUGGGGCGGCGAGGUCGCGAAAACUGCAUCUCCAGCAAAGGCAGCGCCGGCUCCAGCCGCCAAGGAUGACGAUGAUGAUGUCGAUCUCUUCGGUUCAGAGGAUGAAGAGGAGAACGCAGAAGCCGCUCGCAUCCGCGAAGAACGUCUCGCUGAAUACAACGCCAAGAAAUCAAAGAAACCUGCCCUCAUUGCCAAGUCAUCAGUUAUCCUGGACGUGAAGCCUUGGGACGAUGAAACAGACAUGAAACAGAUGGAGACGAAGGUGCGUUCAAUUGAAAUGGACGGUCUGCUGUGGGGCGCCUCGAAGCUUGUGCCCGUCGGCUACGGCAUCAACAAACUGCAAAUCUGCUGCGUUAUUGAGGAUGACAAAGUGUCGAUUGACUUGUUGUCCGACACUAUCCAAGAGGACGAGGAUCACGUGCAAUCCGUCGAUAUUGCUGCCUUCAAUAAAAUCUAAAGUGUUCCAGGCAAUGACGACAGGAUGUCGGUCUUGUUAAAUGAAAUUUGUCGUGAGCGAAGUGUUCUGUUUACUCACUAUUAUUUUUUACUCUAGAAUAAAACAUCAAAUUUACAGUGAA